CCCUAUAGAGUAUACAGAUGGACGGUGACGACCUUUUUGAUGUCUUUUCUGAGACACCAGCAGAGGUUGCUGCCGAAAUUCCUGUGGAGAAGGAAGUGUCUCUCAAAGAGGAUACUUUGCAAGAUCUGAAAAAAAGGCUGCACGCUGAAAGCCCUCAGCCUUCUAGCCCUCAGCCUUCUACUAAAAAGGCUAAUACCACGUCUGAGAGCAAACCAAAAAAAGCUGUUGUCAGUGACUCUAUUGAAAUAGAGGCACUGAGAGAAGUUGCUGCUUCUGCAGGACUCUUGGCCCAGCCUGGGGAAGGCUCGACAGGGGAGUCUUCCGGGCUUAAAUUGAAGCAUCAGGUUAGACAUCAAGUCGCAAUCCCCCCUGAUUAUCCCUAUGUCCCAAUUGGUGAACACAAACGAUCUUCAGAAGCUCGUGUAUACCCCUUUACCUUAGACCCCUUUCAGGAUACAGCUAUUUCAUGUAUCGACAGAGACGAGUCUGUUUUGGUCUCGGCGCAUACAUCAGCAGGUAAGACAGUUGUGGCCGAAUACGCGAUCGCACAGUCUCUCAGAGAUAAACAAAGAGUCAUCUAUACAUCACCUAUUAAGGCAUUGAGUAAUCAGAAAUUCAGAGAGCUUCUGGCUGAAUUUGGAGAUGUCGGGUUGAUGACCGGAGAUGUCACCAUAAACCCCGAUGCAGGCUGCCUUGUUAUGACCACCGAGAUUUUGCGGAGCAUGUUAUACAGAGGAUCUGAAGUCAUGCGUGAGGUGGCCUGGGUGAUCUUUGAUGAGGUACAUUACAUGAGAGAUAAGUCAAGAGGUGUUGUCUGGGAAGAGACAAUUAUAUUGCUUCCGGAUAAGGUGCACCACGUGUUUUUGUCUGCAACUAUUCCAAAUGCAAUGGAAUUUGCCGAAUGGAUUGUGAAAACUCACAACCAACCUUGCCAUGUUGUUUAUACCGACUUCAGGCCAACCCCUUUACAACAUUAUUUGUUCCCUGCUGCGGGUGACGGCAUUCACUUAGUGGUGGAUGAAAAGGGUACUUUUCGUGAGGAAAAUUUCCAAAAGGCAAUGUCUUCCAUAUCCAAUAGUAUGGGAGACGAUCCUGCGUCAGGAGACUCUGCAAAAAACGGAAAAAAGAAUGGGCAAACUAAAAAGGGUGGCGUUAAAGAUGGAAAUAGUGACAUCUACAAGAUUGUGAAAAUGAUCUACAUGAAGAGAUACAACCCGGUUAUUGUUUUUUCAUUCUCGAAGAGAGAUUGCGAGUCUUUAGCUUUGAAGAUGUCCAAACUAGACUUCAAUAACGACGAGGAGAGAUCUGCGCUUCUGAAAAUCUUUGAUAAUGCAAUCGACUUGCUUCCAGAUGCAGACAAAGAGCUUCCGCAGAUCAAGAAUAUCCUUCCAUUGUUGAAAAGAGGUAUUGGUAUUCACCAUUCUGGUUUAUUGCCCAUUUUGAAGGAAAUUAUCGAAAUCUUGUUUCAGGAGGGUUUACUCAAAGUGCUUUUUGCCACCGAGACAUUCUCCAUUGGACUUAACAUGCCUGCAAAAACCGUUGUAUUCACUUCCGUGAGGAAAUGGGACGGAAAGGGAUUUCGCUGGGUCUCUGGCGGUGAAUACAUUCAGAUGUCUGGAAGAGCUGGGCGUAGAGGUUUGGAUGACAGGGGUAUCGUUAUAAUGAUGAUCGACGAAAAAAUGGAACCGCAGGUUGCCAAAGGAAUGGUGAAGGGUCAAGCCGAUAGGCUUGACUCUGCAUUUCACUUGGGCUAUAAUAUGAUUUUGAACUUAAUGCGUGUCGAGGGCAUUUCGCCAGAAUUUAUGCUUGAAAGCUCCUUUUUUCAAUUUCAAAAUGCGGCAUCAGUUCCUUUGUUGGAAAAAGAACUUCAACAAUUGACGAUUGAAUACAAUAAUACCGUCAUCGAAGAUGAGUUCCUUGUGAAAGAGUACUAUGACUUAAAGAAGCAAUUGAAAAUUUACCAAGAAGAUGUGCGCCGUGUGAUCACCCAUCCUGGUCACAUUCUUCCUUUCUUGCAACCGGGCAGAGUCAUUGAAGUGAGGAUCGGAGAUCAUGACUACGGUUGGGGAAUGGUCGCUUCUUUUACAAAAAGAAGCAACAAGAGAGGUCCAUCGCAGACUUUUUCUGAUCACGAGUCGUACAUCGUGACGGUAUUUGUCUGCUCUAUGUUUGUGGAUUCUCCGGUCAACUUGAUCAAACCUUUCAAUCCUGUUCUUGCAGAAGGUAUUCGUCCGGCCAAUGGAGAAGAAAAGGCUCGUGCGGAGUUUAUUCCAAUAACUCUUGACUCCAUAUCUGCGAUUUCAAGUGUACGGUUGAAGAUGCCUGAAGAUUACAAGAGCUCCACCGCCAAAAGAAGCUUGGUGCGUACUUUGAAAGACUUGCCCAAGAAGUUACCAGAUGGAAUUCCUCUUAUGAAUCCUGUUGAAAGUAUGAAAAUUGAUGAUUCCGACUUCAAAAUGUUAUUGAGAAAAAUUGAUGUUUUGGAAAGCAAAAUGACCACAAACGUUCUUCACGAAUCGGACCGAAUUGACGACUUGUACCAGAAAUUUUCACAGAAGGUAGGCAUCGAUGAACAAAUUAGGCAAGUGAAGGAGAAGAUAUUACAAGCUCAGGCGGUAAUUCAACUAGAUGACUUGAAACACAGAAAAAGAGUCUUGAGAAAACUUGGAUUCACGACACAAAAUGACAUCAUUGAAUUGAAAGGUAGGGUGGCAUGUGAAAUCUCUACAGGUGAUGAACUCUUGCUCACAGAGCUUAUUUUCAAUGGUACAUUUAAUGAAAUGAACUCUGAACAAUGUGCUUCCUUGCUUUCUUGCUUUGUUUUCCAGGAACGGGCCAAGGAGGUCCCUCGUCUAAAGCCUGAAUUGCAAGAACCUUUGAAAGCAAUGCAAGAUAUGGCCACGAAGCUUGCCAAAACUUAUAGGGAAUGCAACCUUGAGGUCGCAGAGAAGGAAUAUGUGGAGGAGUUUCGCCCGGAGUUGAUGGAAGUGACACACGCAUGGUGUAAAGGAGCUUCUUUUACUCAAAUUUGCAAAAUGACUGAUGUCUAUGAGGGGUCCCUCAUUCGUAUGUUUAAGAGACUCGAGGAGAUGAUCAAGCAGAUGGUCACCGCGGCAAAAACAAUUGGAAAUGUCGAAUUGGAGCAGAAGAUGGAGAAGGCAGCUGAGAUGGUACACAGAGACAUUGUCAGUGCAGGGUCAUUGUAUUUGUAAGUUAUAAAUAAACGAUGAAGACUGGCAAUUUCUUUGAAUCAAUUUUAAACGCACUUACGUAGUAUGGAAAUUUAAAGUUCAGCAGCUCGGAUCUUGCAAAAGUGAAUGCAGUGCGUCUAUAUAGUGAAUAAUUCCGGACGAAGAUAUACUGAUGUAUAAUUCUUUGUUCAGAUGGGU